AUGGCAACAGUUCCGGGGAGUGAAAAAUCCAAGCGAGCCAAGAUCUGCUUCCAGUGCCGCAACAGAAAGGUAUUCCCAAUGAGUGGAACUCGGGGGACGCCCUGCCGAUCCCUCUUCCUGCCUCUGCUGACGCCCACUAACACCAGGUCCGCUGCGAUGGCACGGUCGGUGGCUGUGAGAACUGCAAAAGGCUCGAUUUCGCGUGCUCUCUUGGCCACGACUCUUCCGACACCUCUCAACUCGCCCUUGAUCCGACGCUCGCUCGCCGUCGUGCCGCCAAAGCCUGCAUCGCUUGUCGCGAUAAGAAGUCGAGAUGUACUGGAGAGACACCAUGAUCCCGAGGGAUUCGCGACCGAGACUGUUGAGCCGAUAAUCAACAAAGGCCUCGAAACAUUAUCGACAUAUCGUGGAGUGGGCCAAGAUAGUAGAGUCCCUCCAUCGAGUGACUUUCUAAACAAAAAGGCCAUCAUUCGAGAGCAUAUAGAUGCCUUCUUCGAGCAUGUAUAUCCGAUCCCAGGAAUGGGAAUUAUUCAUCGCGCUUCUCUCAUGAGAACUUGGCUCGAUGGAAGCCACAACCCAAGGUUGCUACAGGCUCUAUGCGGUGUUGCAGCCCGAUUCACGGCUCUCUCACGACCAGCCAUGGCUGCUGAGGGUCAAAGAUGGCUAGAAGAAGCUGAAGCCCAUCUCUUGCAUCGAUCGACCGAGCCCCUGAGAACAGAUAUUGCGGCACUCAUACUGAUCGCGUUUGAUCACUGCGCCUCGCGAAGAUUCCUCAGGCAUGUUGGGACUUUGGCGUGCGUCACGAAGCUUGCUUUUAUUAUGAGACUGAACAGAGAAGACCCGAAUGCGGGAUUCGCGCCCCAGGAGUGGAGGAGAAGGUUGACGUGGGCGUUAUGGACUAUGGACACGUUAGCCCUCAACUCCGCUGAUGAAGAUAGCGAUACGUUUAACAAUGCCACAACAGCCGGAACCGAUACUGUCGCUGGCUUGGUGCAGACCUUUGAACGAGAACUGGAUCAACACGUUGCCACUUUACCCGACAACUACACUAUGAAUAGUCGGAAUCUCUACAGCCGACUUUACUUGCCCUCGCGCACAACAUUUGUUAUGCUCCACGUCUGGUAUCAUCGCACAUAUUGUGAUCUCUACCACUUGGUGAUGGACAAGAUGUCAGUAGGGGUUCAACCCCGAUCGACCACUGAGCCUAGUUCGUCCACACUGGAGCGGUAUGGACACUUCUAUCUUCAACACGCAGCGUCCAUGUCGGAUCUCUUCUCCACGCUAUUACAGGCCGAUGAUUCAGUCUGCAUUACUGACCCAUCUCUGGCUAACUGCUCUCUCGCCGCUGCGCAAGGCAUAUUCUUUUCGCAACAUUGGACUGGAAGUUUAUUGACCAAUGAAGAGCGAAGCCAACGAGUUCGACACUGCGCGUCAAUACUAGAGAAGCCUGCUGAAGUGUACCCCACGACAAGACUGGUCAUGGCGGAUAUCCUUGAGCUCCAUGCUCGCCUUGCCCAAAACCAACCUUUGGAAGAGCAUAACAGGCUGCCGUUUAGCACGAGCUACAACGUCGCUGAUGAGAUCUCUCGACUUCGAUUCCCGGCUGAGGAUCCUGAUCUGAGACAGAACCCAAGAACACGCAAACCCAGUACUUCAGCCGUCCGAAAUGAGCAUGCUCCAACAGAAAGACUGAGAAUGGAUGGAGGCUUAAACCCAAGUAUGAUGGAAACAUCAGAUACCCCCUCGAUUCCUAUACUAGAGGCACCCAUAGCCGACCCAAUAACAAGUGACUUGUUCAACUAUCGGGAAACCCUCAUGGACGUCGACCAAAUGGAGCAAGAGAUAUGGUCCAUGCCAGGCUUUGAGAUGGUUGAUGUAGGGUUGAGUUGGUUAGAUAGGAGUGCACAAUUGAGGCCGUUUGAACUCACAAGCUUGGAUCACUACAAAAAGGACAGUCAUCGCCGUCAUGUGCUUAUCAGCAUAUCGUUUGUCAAGGACCUGAAGCCAAUUUUCUACCUUGAAAAGAAAUACUAUUUCUAA